AUGCCUAGGAGAAAGAAAGCGGCACAAAAUCUGAUUGAGGAUUUUGUGACAAGAAAAACUUGCUACAACAAAAGAAGGGCAAGUUUGUUGAAGAAGAUGGAGGACCUUACCACUCUUUGUGCUGUAGAUUCAUGCGCAAUCAUCGAUGGUCCUGGUGAUGAUGUCCCUACUGUGUGGCCAUCUCAUGACAAGGCUAGAGAGCUUCUCGACAAGUUUGAGAAUGCUCCAUUGACGGAUCGGUGGAGAAAAAACGUUACACCACAGAUUUAUGUUGAGCAGAAGAAUAAGAAGAUUGAAAAUCAACUUGCCAUGCUCAAGGAGAAGAAUGAUGGGAAAGACAUGUCAAUUUUCAUGCACAAAAUCCACCAUGAUGGCAAGUCCUUGUCUGAUUUUGACGCUAGUGAUAUAUCUCGUUUACUUUGUUAUGUGGAGGGGAAACUAAAGGGUGUUAGAGAGAAAACUGGCCAUACUAAACAUCAUGAGUUGUCUCCUAAUCCUCCAACACCGCCAGUUUCUUGUCCUCUAAAGAAUGACAUUGGUUCACAGCCCAACACAGAUGAACCAGUUUUCGAACAAUCAACCUUAGAUUUAAAGAAAGAAGAUGCUACGAUGAAUAAUGGUGUUGAUAACAAUAUAGGGAGCAACAACAACAUGGGGCUGCCACCUCCACCACAUACACAUCUUGGUGAUGUUGAUAUGGUGCUGCAUCAAGAUCAAGUCAAUUUUGAAGGCUUCAAUCAUGGUGAUGUUGACAUGGUGUUGCCUCCAGGCAAUUUUGGAGGCCUCAUUGAUGAAAGUGGUUCAUCUGGGGUGUUGCCUCAAGGCAAUUUUACAGGUCUCAAUGGUAAUAGUGAUUCAGGGUUUUUGUAUGGAAGCUAUUUUGGUGAAAUUGGAGGCAGUGACUUAUGGCCAUCUUAUGGAAAUUUUGGAGGCACAAUUGGUAAAAGUGAUAUGAUCCAAGGCAACAUUAGUGGAACUUUCUCAGGAACAGGGCAGCAUGAUGAAAAUCAAGGAGGGUCCAUUAACAAUAUAGGGUUAUGGGGUCAUCAAAGCAACUUUGGAGCCAACAAUGAUGCUGUUGCUGUGGGCAGAUCAUCCAAUUAUCCAAACUUUGUGGAAGGGAGUGAUAUUGAAUGGCCUACAUUUGAAGGAUUUUUUUCCUCCAAGUGA